AUGGAACUCCCCUUUGAGUCUCAGGAAACUACCAAUUUCCGUCGAUUCACUCCGGAGUCACUAGCGGAGAUUGAGAAGCGAAUUGCUACAGAGCAGGAAGCAAAGAAAGCCAAAGAUAAGCACAGCGAACAGAAGGACAAAGAAGAAAAACCUCGACCCCAACUAGACUUGAAAGCCUGCAACCAGCUGCCCAAGUUCUAUGGCGAUCUCCCAGUGGAACUGAUCGGGGAGGCGUUGGAGGAUCUGGACCCCUUCUACAGCACGCACCGGACAUUUAUGGUGCUAAACAAAAGGAGGACCAUUUCCCGAUUUAGUGCCACUAGAGCUCUGUGGCUAUUCAGUCCUUUUCACCGGAUCAGAAGAACAGCCAUCAAAGUGUCUGUCCACUCAUAUCCUUUAUGGUUCACUUUCUUUAUUACAGUCACUAUUGUCGUCAACUGUGUGUACAUGACCCAAACAGGACUUCCAGAGAAAUUGGAGUAUGUCUUCACUGUCAUUUAUACUUUUGAAGCCUUCAUAAAGAUAUUGGCAAGAGGAUUUUGUCUAAAUGAGUUCACUUACCUGAGAGAUCUUUGGAAUUGGUUGGACUUUGGUGUUAUUACCCUGGCAUACAUUGGUGAAGCAAUAGACUUACGAGGAAUCUCAGGACUGCGGACAUUCAGAGUUCUUAGAGCUUUAAAAACAGUUUCUGUGAUCCCAGGGCUGAAAGUCAUCGUGGGGACACUGAUACACUCGUUGAAGAAACUAACUGAUGUGACCAUCCUCACCGUCUUUUGCCUGAGUGUAUUUGCUCUGGUGGGCCUGCAGCUCUUUAAGGGUAACCUCAAGAAUAAAUGUGUGAAGAAUUGCACGCUGCUUUAUGAGACGGCCAAUAAUUCUCAUGGGAACCAUGAGUGGAAUUUCUGCCAUAAGGGUGGAGAUUUCCAAAUCAAUAAGCCAGGAACCACUGAUCCCUUGCUGUGUGGCAAUGGAAGUGAUGCCGGCCACUGUCCUACAGGUUAUUUCUGCCUUAAAACAGCUGAAAACCCAGAUUUCAACUACACCAGCUUUGAUUCCUUUGUUUGGGCUUUCCUCUCACUGUUCCGCCUCAUGACACAGGAUUCCUGGGAACGCCUCUACCAGCAGACCCUGAGAGCAUCAGGGAAAAUCUAUAUGAUCUUUUUUGUGCUUGUCAUCUUCCUGGGGUCUUUCUAUCUGGUCAACCUAAUCUUAGCUGUGGUCACCAUGGCAUAUGAAGAACAGAGACAGGCUACCCUUGAUGAAAUUGAAGCAAAGGAAAAGAAGUUCCAGGAGACCCUUGAGAUGCUUCAGAAAGAACAGGAGGUACUGACAGCACUGGGGAUAGACACAGGCUCGCCUCACUGCCACAAUGAAUCGCCUUUAACUUCCAAGCAUGUCAGUGAGAAAAGGCACAGGACAAAGCCGAGAGUGUCAGAGGGCUCAACGGACGACAGCAAAUCACCCCCACCUGAGCCCUAUAACCAGCGCCGGAUGUCUUUCCUAGGCCUCGCCUCUGGGAGACGCCGGGCUAGCCAUGGAAGUGUAUUUCAUUUCCGGACUUCUAGUCGAGACUUCUCAUUCCCUGAUGGGGUCAUAGAUGAUGCAGUGUUUCCUGGAGACCGUGAAAACCAUCGGAGCUCUGUACUGCUGGGCGGAAGCAUUGGCCAGCAAGGCCCCCUCCCGAGGAGCUUGCUGCCUGAGUCUUCCAACCCUGGAUCCCAGCCUGGAGAAGAUGGACAUUCCAUGCCGCCUUCCAGUGAUCUUGCACCUGGAACCAUGGAAGUCUCGGGACUCAAUGCAGGGCAGAAGACUUUCUUGUCAGCAGAAUAUCUGAAUGAACCUUUCCGAGCCCAAAGGGCAAUGAGUGUUGUCAGCAUCAUGACCUCAGUCCUUGAGGAACUCGAGGAAUCUAAACAGAGGUGCCCACCCUGCUUUAUCAGUUUGGCUAAGAAAUAUCUGAUCUGGGAGUGCUGCCCCACAUGGAUGAAGCUCAAGACUCGUUUCUUUGAGAUUGUGACAGACCCAUUUGCCGAGCUCGCCAUCACUUUGUGCAUCGUGGUGAACACUCUCUUCAUGGCCAUGGAACACUACAACAUGAGCAUCGCCUUUAUAACCAUGCUACAGACAGGCAAUAUUGUCUUUACUGUAUUUUUUACUGCUGAAAUGGUCUUCAAAAUCAUUGCCUUCGACCCCUACUAUUACUUCCAGAAGAGAUGGAACAUCUUUGACUGCAUCAUUGUCACUUUGAGCUUGUUGGAGUUCAGCAUAUCUGGGAAGGGAUCUCUAAGUGUGUUUCGGUCCUUCCGUCUGCUGCGGGUUUUCAAGUUGGCCAAGUCCUGGCCAACCUUAAACACACUCAUUAAGAUCAUCGGAAAUUCAGUGGGGGCUCUGGGGAACCUCACCAUGAUCCUCUGUAUCAUCGUCUUUGUCUUCGCUCUGGUUGGCAAGCAGCUUCUCGGGGAAGACUACGCCAAUAACUACCAAAAAAUUACUGUACUGGGUGAAGAAAAGCCUCGUUGGCACAUGCAAGACUUCUUCCACUCCUUCCUCAUUGUCUUCCGGAUCCUCUGUGGGGAGUGGAUCGAGAACAUGUGGGCCUGCAUGGAAGUCAGUCAGAAACCAUCCGUGUGCAUCAUCCUUUUCUUGAUGGUGAUGGUGCUGGGGAACCUAGUGGUGCUCAACCUCUUCAUCGCCCUGCUGCUGAACUCUUUCAGUGCUGACAACCUCACAGCCCCAGAAGAUGACGGGGAGGUAAACAACCUGCAGGUGGCGCUGGCGCGGAUCCAGGCAAUUGGCUGUUCCAUCAAGCAGGCUGUCUGUAGCUUCCUCCAUAGACCCUGCCUUCUCCCCCGGCCCAAGACUGAUCCCAAAAUGGUGGUGAAACUCCCACUCUCCAAAUCCAGAGCUGAGAACCACAGUGCUGUUGAUGCUGCAGUGGGGAACCCUGGAGGGGUCCUGGCCCCUCAAGGUCCCAGGGAUGAACACAGUGACUUCAUAGCUAAUCCCAAUGUGUGGGUCUCUGUGCCCAUUGCCGAGGGUGAAUCUGACCUAGAUGACUUGGAAGAUGAUAAUGAAGAGGAUGCUCGAAGCUCCAGAAAAGAAAUAGUCCCCAAAGGUCAGCAGGAGCAGCUGCAGCAAGUUGGGAAGUAUGAGGCCCACCUGGCACCCAGGAGCCCAGGCUCUGGAAUGUCUUCUGAGGACCUGGCUCUGUACCUGGGGGAGAAGUGGAGAGAUAAGACUGCUUCCCAGGAUCCUGCAGAGGUGGUGGACUUCGCGAGCUCCUCAGAAGGCAGCACAGUAGACUGCCCAGAUCCUGAGGAGAUGCUUAGGAAGAUCCCAGAGCUGGCAGAUGACCUCGAAGAGCCAGAUGACUGUUUCACAGAAGGCUGCAUGCGCCGCUGUCCCUGCUGCAAAGUGGACACCACCAAGGUUCUUUGGGGUGUGGGCUGGCAAGUACGCAAAACCUGCUACCGCAUCGUGGAGCACAGCUGGUUUGAGACUUUCAUCAUCUUCAUGAUCCUUCUCAGCAGUGGAGCGCUGGCCUUUGAAGACUAUUACCUUGACACCAAGCCCAAUGUGCAAGCCUUGCUGGAGUCCACAGACAAGGUGUUCACGUUCAUCUUUGUGUUCGAGAUGUUACUUAAGUGGGUAGCGUAUGGCUUCAAAAACUACUUCACCAACGCCUGGUGCUGGCUGGACUUCCUCAUUGUGAACAUCUCAUUGACUAGCCUCAUAGCAAAGAUCCUGGAGUAUUCUGAUGUGGCAUCCAUCAAAGCCCUCCGGACCCUCCGUGCAUUACGGCCACUUCGGGCUUUGUCUCGAUUUGAAGGCAUGCGGGUAGUUGUGGAUGCCCUGGUGGGUGCCAUCCCAUCCAUCUUUAACGUCCUCCUCGUCUGCCUCAUCUUCUGGCUCAUCUUCAGCAUCAUGGGCGUGAACCUCUUUGCAGGGAUGUUUUGGAGAUGCAUCAAUACCACCAAUGAAGAGUUUUCUCUUGUGCCCUGGCUUACUGUGAAUAACAAAAGUGAUUGUAAAAUGAAAAAUGAUACUGGCAACCUCUUCUGGGUCAACAUGAAGGUCAACUUUGAUAACGUUCCAAUGGGUUACCUUGCACUUCUUCAGGUGGCAACCUUCAAAGGCUGGAUGGACAUCAUGUAUGCGGCUGUCGAUUCCCGGGAGGUGAACAUGCAGCCCAAGUGGGAAGAUAAUGUAUACAUGUACCUUUACUUCAUCAUCUUCAUCAUUUUUGGUGGCUUCUUCACACUGAACCUCUUCGUUGGGGUCAUAAUUGACAACUUCAAUCAACAAAAGAAAAAGCUAGGGGGCCAGGACAUCUUCAUGACAGAGGAGCAGAAGAAGUAUUACAAUGCUAUGAAGAAGCUGGGAUCUAAGAAGCCUCAGAAGCCCAUCCCACGGCCCUUGAACAAAUACCAAGGUUUCAUCUUUGACAUUGUAAACAGACAAGCUUUUGAUAUCAUCAUCAUGGUCCUCAUCUGCCUCAACAUGGUCACUAUGAUGGUGGAAACUGAUGAUCAGAGUGAAGAAAAGACAAAAAUCCUUAACAAAAUCAACCAGUUCUUUGUGGCUGUCUUCACUUGCGAGUGUGUCAUGAAGAUAUUUGCCCUGAGGCAAUACUAUUUCACCAAUGGCUGGAAUGUAUUUGACUUCAUUGUAGUGGUUCUCUCCAUUGUGAGCUUGGCAGUUUCUGCAAUCAUAAAGUCACUUGAAAAUUACUUCUCCCCAACACUUUUCCGCGUCAUCCGUCUUGCCCGAAUCGGCCGCAUCCUCAGACUGAUCCGAGGAGCCAAGGGGAUCCGGACGUUGCUGUUUGCUCUUAUGAUGUCCCUGCCUGCCCUGUUCAACAUCGGGUUGCUCCUCUUCCUCGUCAUGUUCAUCUACUCUAUCUUCGGCAUGUCCACUUUUGCACACGUCAAGUGGGAAGCUGGUAUCGAUGACAUGUUCAACUUCCAGACCUUCGCCAAUAGCAUGCUGUGCCUCUUCCAGAUUACCACGUCAGCUGGCUGGGAUGGUCUCCUCAGCCCCAUCCUCAACACGGGCCCCCCAUACUGUGACCCCAACCUGCAAACCAACAGCAGCUCUCAGGGGAACUGUGGGAACCCAGCUAUAGGCAUCUUCUUCUUCACCACCUACAUCAUCAUCUCCUUCCUUAUCGUGGUCAACAUGUAUAUUGCUGUAAUUCUGGAGAACUUCAAUGUUGCUACAGAGGAGAGCACUGAACCCUUGAGCGAGGAUGACUUUGACAUGUUCUAUGAGACUUGGGAGAAGUUUGAUCCAGAGGCUACCCAGUUUAUUACCUUUGCAGCCCUCUCAGACUUUGCAGACACCCUCUCUGGCCCUCUAAGAAUUCCAAAACCCAAUCGGAAUGCCUUAAUCCAAAUGGAUCUGCCCUUGGUCCCUGGAGAUAAGAUCCACUGUUUGGACAUCCUUUUUGCCUUCACCAAGAAUGUGCUGGGAGAAUCUGGAGAGUUAGAUUCUCUGAAGGCAAAUAUGGAAGAGAAAUUUAUGGCAACUAAUCUUUCAAAGUCAUCUUAUGAACCAAUAGCAAACACCCUGCGGUGGAAGCAAGAAGAUAUUUCUGCUACUGUCAUACAAAAGGCCUAUCGGAGCUACAUGCUACACCGUGCCAUGGCAAGGUCCAACCCCUCAGGUAUGCCAAGGGCUGAGGAGGAAGCUGUGUCACCCACAGAUGAAGGCUUUGUGGCAUUCAUGGCAAAUGAACAUUAUGUGCCUCCAGACAAAUCUGAAACUGCAUCUGCCAUAUCUUUCCCACCAUCUUAUGACAGUGUCACUAGAGGUCUUAGUGAUAGAGCCCACAUAAGCACAUCUAGCUCAAUGCAAGAUGCAGAUGACGUCAUCAGUAAGGAUGCACCUGCCUCAGGACCCCAAUGA